AUGCCUCACAGUGGGAGGGAGAGAUUGUGCCGGAAGAGGAGAAACACACACACACACACCCAAAACCAGGGCAAGGGACCUCUCGCACCUUCACAAGGUUGCCACAAGUCUUACCUCCCCCCCCCGGGGACGGCGCUUUCUUACCUUCUUUUUUCCUUUCCAGCCUCCCGUUUGAUCCCUCACAGGUGCUUUCUGCCCAGGCCAGCAGUGUUCUUUGCUCCUCCUGCGCAGUCACUUCAUCAGACAUCGGCCACAGACCGCGCCGAAAGCCCCACUGCAGUUCCUGAGAAGAGUUCUGCGAUCGUCCAGAAGAAGUCCUUUGUGCCGCAAAACCGAGCGGAAUAUGUUGUCACCAAGCUAGAUGAACUCUUCAACUGGGCUCUUCGGAGUUCCUUGUGGCCGAUGACCUUCGGCUUGGCAUGCUGCGCCGUCGAGAUGAUGCACGUGGCGGCCCCCCGCUAUGACAUGGACCGCUUCGGGGUGGUCUUCCGAGCCAGUCCCCGGCAAUCCGAUGUCAUGAUCGUGGCUGGCACCCUGACCAACAAGAUGGCCCCGGCUCUCCGGAAGGUGUACGACCAGAUGCCUGAGCCGCGUUACGUCAUCUCCAUGGGGAGCUGUGCCAACGGCGGGGGCUACUACCAUUAUUCUUACUCCGUUGUGCGGGGCUGCGACCGGAUUGUCCCAGUGGACAUCUACGUCCCAGGUUGUCCCCCGACCGCCGAAGCCCUCCUCUACGGGAUCCUGCAACUGCAGAAGAAAAUCAAGCGGGAGAGAAAGAUGCGGAUUUGGUACCGGCGCUAGGGCCCGGUGGUGGGGUGUGGAAGCCACCGCUCUGCCCGUUCCAUGUUGCGCACAUUUGGGAACCGCUCGUAGAAGCUUUCAGAAUAAACUUGCAAAUGGGUGUAUCUGA